AUGAAGCCUCAGGAGAUCUGUUCUGUGCAGCUAGAUUACCCAGUCCAAGCAGAUUCGGGAAUCCACGGCGGUCACAUCAGUCACGAAUACCACGUUCGAAGCUCUCUGGAAGAGGAUUUCGUGGAUUACUGUACCCAAUGCGGCACUUUUAGCAAAGAAGAGACUCCAAAAAUGUGCUCGAGAUGCUCGGCGAGCCCGCAGAAGAUAGCUUCUGUGGAGAUUGCUCAUACUUUCCAUCUGGGCACCAAAUAUUCAGAAGCUCUGGGAGCGAAAUUCCAAGGAAAACCAUUUUAUAUGUGUUGUUUCGGCAUUGGAGUGUCCCGGUUGCUCCCAGCCACUAUUGAUCUGUUAUCAGUCAGUGAUAAGGCGCUGAGAUUGCCCAGAGCCAUUUCUCCGUUCGAUGCGGUGAUUAUUGUGAAAAAGAGCCUAAUGUCGAAUGUGAUCGUUGAAAUGACCAGCUCAUCGGCGUCCAGAUACCUAAAAGGAGGCAUUCUACUGGAUGACCGUAUCGAAAUGUCCCCCGGCAAGCGGAUUCAUGAAGCGAACCGUCUGGGAAUCCCGUUUAUUAUUGUUCUGGCCAAUGAGACCGAGAGGAGUCUGGUUACACAGGAACCAGUGAUCGAAGUGUUCACCACGCACCCAAAAUCGGCGGAUCCCGUUGAUCAGGGAUCAAUGACCCUCGAUCGAUUUGUGUCAUUCGUCCAAUCUCAGCUAUACGGUAGCUACAGUAACCUGGACCAUCUGCAUGUGCUAGACGAGUUGGGAGCGGCUGGAGACGAGAAUGGACCACAGAAAUAG